UCAUAUAUAAUACAGCUACGAGUUAAACUAGCGCAUAACACGAGAAAAGAACGCAGAACUACGCGUCAGCAAGUUUCUUUCGCGCGCGCAAAGUGGCGUAUAUUAGACAGCAAAUAGAGGUCUGCUUUCUCACAUGGCAUAAAUAGAGUGGUAAACGCGCAAUUGCAGUCAGGGGACGCAAAUAAAACUGGAGGCUUGAAAACAGCUGAGCGUUAAAUGGAGACCCAAACUGAAUUCGGACUGAUGUGGCCGCACGAUGUUCGACUGUUGUGGUAUAAUGAUAUAACUUUUGCAUUUUGGUAAGCUUUUUGUGGACUACUGGCAGAGUGAAGUCGGAUAGAUUAAUAUGAUGAUGUCAAACGACACUGGAGAGAAUUUGUACACCCACAUUCGUGUUUGGGCAUCUGCAACGGCUUUCAUCAUUUUGCUUUUCUUCAACCUAGUCAUCAACUGGACCAUCGUUACCGAAGACCGUCUGCGGAAUCACGCGCGCUUUGUGCUCGUGUUCCACUUGCUGUUUUCUGCCUUGAUAUACUUCGCAGUAUGUUUCAUCUUCUACCUGCAAAUUGACCUGGAUGUUACCAUGGACGCAUCUACUUGCGUGGCACUAAUAACUAUCCUGACCACCAGUGCAUCCAACAUCCUAUUCACUAUAACGGCGAUGGCGCUGGACCGAUAUUUUGCCAUUUGUUUUCCACUCAAAUACAGCGGCAAUUAUUUCAAACUGUGGCCGUGGUGUCUUGGAAUUUUAACAUGGGGUCUUGCAUCCAUCAUCCCUCUCACCCUUUUCCCUAAAGAGGAUAAUGCGACCACUCACAGCGGGAACUGUAGGAGGGAAAAGCUGAAGGGAGGAGAAGUACAUAAAAUUUUAUUGAUCUCGCUUUGUACGGUACUCAUUCUUUACAGUUACGUGCGGAUUUUAUGUGAGGGUCGACGACUGGGUGUGCUGAAUCGGCGGAACCGGGCCGGCUGUAAAACAAUCGCCUUACAUGGGGCACAACUUGCCGUGUAUAUCAUUCCGAACUUCAUAAAUUUUGUUUUACACGUUCUUAAAAACAAGAAGGUGAUCGCGAUUGAAACAAAGGACCGGUCUGCAGUGAUAACGUUUGUGUUCUUUAGCCUGGCGCAGUGCAUUGCUCCGAUAGUGUACGGACUGCGCAAAGAGGAGCUUCUGGAGCAUCUUUGUCACCGCUACCCGUGCUUGUCCUGUCGGCUCAAGAGUAUUCUGGAGUGGACCGUUAAUGUCACGCAUCCUCACCAUUGCCCCCAGCAAAGGGAGAGGAGAAUGACAUCAGAGACACUUCUAUCAAGAGAGACAUCACAGACGACUGUAUGACCAUCAUACAAAAUGCACUGAGAAAAUAGCUGAUUUCUGUCAUGCGUCUAAAACAGAGGACUGGAUUUACACAGCACACGUUCAUUUUCAACUGUGAAAUGGUCAGAAGACCCACAGGAUGGAUUUACUCAAAUAUUAAAGCUUCCUGUCAGCUAAGUGGCAGCUAUGUAGAGCAAAGUGGACAUUGUGCACUGGACUUAGUCUUGAUAACUACCCUAUAAAGCACUGCACCAUCAUCACAGAUGCUUUUGGCAUCCUCUCUGAUGUGUUUUAUUAGCAUUCAUAAGAAUACAUAACACUUGUAUAUAUUUCUAUACAAUAAAACACAAAUCAGAGUUCCUUAGAGGAUGUUCCAUUAUUUAUGGCGGUCUUAGAAUUUAUACUAUUACCUUUGCAGGACCAAAGUUGUAAGUGGACAUGUUAUUCGUGUGUAACCACUAACUGAAAUGUCUAUAUAAGUGUCAUCCAACUCAAAUAUAAAAUAAAUUUAGCAGACUUUAUUUUCAGUACUCUACAGUUUUUCUUUACCAAGAGGUCAGGAUCUGCUGUAAUAUCACUUGAAGUGAGCUAGUGGAAUCUGACUUGCUCAUGUACUCUAGCCCCUGCAAAAGUGGUUGUCAUUUAGAACUAAAAUUUAACCUCUGAUUAGAUCUUAAAGCAAAAGGUACAAAUUAAAUUUUCUUUGUGCCCAUGUCUAAAUAAAGCCAUAGAUAGAAAAGUAAAGGCCAAUAUUAUGUUUUGGGAGUGUGGCUUUCCACAUCAGUUCCCUAGUUUGUGAUGUUUGCCAUGUCAACACCAUUAUGAGUUCCUGAUGCAAGGGAUGAUCAUGCUAGUGUGUUUGAUAGUGUGUUUAGACCAUCACUUGUCAUGCCAGAACACAACAGUCAGACGCUGAAAGGUGUGUAACAUUAAAAAGGAUUGACGAUAUUCCGAGGUGGUAUUUAAUAAUUACUAAUACUAAACAUUAAAUCCUCUAUAGAAUUUAGUUUCCCCAUCCCCAUAAAUGUAUUUAUUACAAAAGUCGAGUACACAAAACCACCCUACAGCCAGGUCUCUUCGAUCUCUAUUACACUAUAUGCAGGCAGAUAUUAAUAUUUCCUGUUUAAAAAAAAAAAAGGAUCUUGCCACAGCGUCGUUCAGUAUUUCAAGUAAAGGCCAAGAUGUCAGUUUAAAACGUGUGCCAGGCAAACAUGCCUGUGUUCCCUGCAACUUAAACUGAAUUAUACACUGGAAUGAAGUAUACUGUUAAUGCUGAUAAUUACAGGCUUUCUAGAGAAAAGACAGGAACUAAAGAAAAGUCUACAAAGUCAUGAACAGAAAUUCCCUUUUAUGUAUGCAUUCUUUCAGUUGCAUAACUUGCAGCUGAACCGUUAGUACCCCAAACUGUGUCAUGGUGAAGCAUAUGGUCCUGUAUGAAUAAUUACAAUUUACAUUUCUUGCAAAAAAAUAAUAAAUCACCAAACAUAUUGCAAACACUUCCUGUUUAUAUUCAUAAAGUUCAGAACCAUCAGUGAAAGCUUUGUUUUGGAUAUUAAGGGCUUAAUCCCUCAAUGCUGUCUCAAAAUGAACUGAGAUCUCUGAUUCGGCAGAAAAUCAUAACCAUAAACAGGAUCAUCAGGAUGGUUUAGUCGAUAGAGUUCAGUCUCUACUCUACUGAAAGAAAAGGUGUUUUAAACAAAAACCAAUUUUGAGAACUUCACAACAUCCAGUUCUCAGAUUUUUGUUUUUUACUUUUCUCUACAUUCACAGACUUCAGCACAUUAUGCUAUUAAAGCACCUUUGGGAAAAUCCAUAAGAAAAGCGCGAUGACCCAUAGGUUGGUUAGUGGAUACGUUGGCUUGAUUAGUAA